AUGCUCCGGAGUAUGUUGCCGCGGGCGACACCGCGCGCUGCCCUCCGCACCUCCGGCCCUCAGCCUGUCCCUUCUAGCUUCGUUGCUGCUCCUUCUUUGUCCGUAUAUGGACGCUUCAGACGCGGCUAUGCUUCUGAAACUGAGCACGAUGUGGUUAUCAUUGGUGGUGGUGUCGCUGGUUACGUCGCUGCUAUCAAGGCCGGCCAAGAAGGUCUGAAGACCGCUUGUAUCGAAAAGCGUGGACGUCUCGGUGGUACUUGCCUGAACGUCGGCUGCAUUCCCUCGAAAUCCCUGCUUAACAACUCCCACCUCUACCACCAGGUCCUUCAUGACACAAAAAAGCGCGGUAUUGAGGUCGGUGAUGUCAAGUUGAACCUCGAGCAGAUGAUGAAGGCCAAGGACACCUCCGUGGAUGGUCUCACAAAAGGUAUCGAGUUCCUGUUCAAGAAGAACGGCGUCGACUACGUCAAGGGUACCGGUGCUUUUGUCGACCAGCACACCGUCAAGGUGAACCUGCUCGAUGGUGGUGAACAGACUCUGCGCGGAAAGAACAUUCUCAUUGCCACCGGAAGUGAGGCCACUCCUUUCCCUGGCCUGAACAUUGAUGAGAAGAGAAUCAUCACCAGCACCGGCGCUCUUUCCCUGAAGGAGGUCCCCAAGAAGAUGGUUGUCAUUGGCGGUGGUAUCAUUGGUUUGGAGAUGGCUUCCGUUUGGUCCCGUCUCGGUGCCGAAGUUACCGUUGUUGAAUUCCUUGGCCAGAUUGGUGGACCUGGUAUGGACGCCGACAUCGCCAAGCAGGCCCAGAAGAUUUUGCAGAAGCAGGGUAUCAAGUUCAAGACCAACACCAAGGUCACCAAAGGUGAUGACAGCGGCGCGACCGUCAAGCUGAGCGUUGAGGCCGCCAAGGGUGGAAAGGAGGAGACUCUGGAUGCUGAUGUUGUUUUGGUUGCCAUCGGCCGCAGACCCUACACCGAAGGGCUGGGUCUGGAGAACAUUGGAAUUGACAAGGAUGAGAGAGGCCGCCUUGUGAUCGACCAGGAGUACCGCACCAAGCUUCCCCACAUCCGUGUCAUCGGUGACUGCACCUUCGGUCCCAUGCUCGCCCACAAGGCCGAGGAAGAGGCCGUUGCUGCUGUCGAGUACAUUAAGAAGGGUCACGGCCACGUCAACUACGCUGCCAUCCCCAGCGUCAUGUACACCCACCCCGAAGUCGCCUGGGUUGGCCAGAACGAGGCCGAGGUCAAGGCCGCUGGCAUCAAGUACCGCGUCGGUACCUUCCCCUUCAGCGCCAACUCUCGUGCCAAGACCAACCUCGACACUGAGGGCCAGGUUAAGUUCAUCGCCGAUGCUGAGACCGACCGCAUUCUCGGUGUCCACAUCAUCGGUCCCAACGCUGGUGAGAUGAUUGCUGAGGCCACUCUGGCCGUCGAAUACGGUGCUUCUUGCGAGGAUAUUGCCCGCACAUGCCACGCUCACCCUACCCUGGCCGAGGCCUUCAAGGAGGCUGCCAUGGCCACCUACUCCAAGGCCAUCCACUUCUAA